AUGUCAGGUGAUCCUGACUACCGGAUGCUUCGAAGAUUUGCAACGAAAGCAGCACGGCGGGACAGAAAUCACUAUCGAAGCGACAUGGUCUCAAGAAUGGAGACAGCGGUUCGAUUAGGCGAUAACAGAAAACUAUUCCGCCUUUUUAAUGCAACUAUGAAUCGGGGAACGAUCAGUGAUAUGGCCAAACUUAUCCAUGAAGCACCAUCUGUUGCCCCUGAUAUAACUGAUAUGUUCGCUGAACCAUAUGCUUGCAACUGCGAGCCCUCGACAGAAGAAGAAAUAAUAUCUGUUAUCAAUAAGCUUAAGGUCAAUAAGGCUCCGGGAGAAGAUAUUCUUCGAUUAGAACGAUUAAAAGAAAUUAAGUAA